AUGGAAAGUGGAACUGUGGAAUCAACAUCAUCAAUAUUAGAAACAAACAACAACAAUGAGAGCUCCAAUAGUAAUCAAGACAGUGGUUCUAUACAAUUUCAAUCAUUACCAGCAUUAUUCCUUAGAUCUAAACAGAAAUCACUCAAGAAUAGAUUCAAAUCAGUUAAAGUUUCUGAUAAAACACCAUCAAUUAUUAAUUCCUCUAGUGAAGAACAAGAAUCAUCCAGUUCUACAUCACCAAUAACGGAUCAAUCAACUGAAAGGAGAUUACCAUUUUCAUCAAUAACAUCACCAAGAGUAACAUCAUCAUCAUCAUCGUCAUCAUUACCAACACCACCACCAGAAAAUCAAAUCAAUUUUCUUGGUCUUCCACCAGAAAUCUUAAAAAUGAUUAUUUAUCAUGUUUAUUUAUCCAAAAGUUCAAUUAUUCCAAUUGUAACAUGUUGUCGUGAAAUUUAUGAAACAUUUGCUUAUUUGAUUUAUAUGACAAAAGUUGUUUCUAUAAAUAAUGAUUUAAGACUUUUCAAAGAUGGUGGGUUAAGUGCAUAUAAAACUCUUGAUUUUAUUGAUAGAAAUCAAUCUAAUGUCGCAACCCAAAUAACUGUCUUAACAAUGAAAUCAACUUUAUCACAUACCAAUAUUAGAUCAGAAAAUAAUUUAUUAUCAAUAAAUAGUAAACUAUUUUUAAAACUUUUACCAAAAAUGAGAAAUCUUGUUGUAUUAACAAUUGAAUCUGAUGAACAUCAAUUGUUAUUUCAAUCUUUAUGUCAUUUACCAGAACAUUUACAAGUCUUAAGAUUAUAUUUCAAAUUAACUCAACGUCAUUUAUCUAAAAUUGAUGGUCCAAUAUUAAAAGAUGAUCAAUUGAAAAAUUUAUCACACGUUAAAAAUCUUCAAUUUAUAGAUUUUGAUUUUAAAAAAACAGCAAUUGAUAACGUUCAACAUAGACAUCCAGAAUUAGGAGAUCAUGAACUUUUCAAUAAUCAUGCAUCACAUCUAAUAAUUAGACCAGUUAUUAGAUCAGGAAUAGGUAAUUUGAUAAAUUACAUCAAAGGUAAAGAUACCACUUCCAUAACAAAAUCAAAUAUUGGUAAAAUUUUCUAUGAAUUUAUGUUGAAAAAUAGACAUGAAUUAAUUAAAGUUGAAUUUGCUGGUAUUGAUAUGAAUUUAAUUUUAAGUAGAACUAGUCAUCUCUUUCCUUUCAACUUCCCCAAAUUAAGAAUGUUAUUUUUUGAUACCAUUACAAGAGAAACUUUAUCAGAUUGGAUACCCAUGUUUGAAGAAGUAAAUAAAUCUCAAACAUAUAGAAACAAAUUACCAUUGAUGGUUUAUUAUGAUAGAUUAUCACAAAGAAUUUAUUAUAAAGAUACUAGAUAUCAAAAUGAUCCAGAAUCUGAUAGACCAAAAGAUCCAUGUGAUCUUAAAAAUUGGGAAUAUUCAGAGCAAGUAGCAGCAGCAUAUGCAAUUUUAAAUCAAAAAAGAAAUAUUAAAUAUUAA